GAGGAGGAGGCAGAGGAGGAGGCGGAGGAGGAGGAGGAGGAGGAGGCGGAGUUGUUGCCGGAGGGGGCCGGAGGAGGGGCCGAGGGCGGUUCGGCGAAAGCGGUGAAGGGGCGGCGGGGAGGUCGCCGGUCUCGCCCGGCCGCCGGACGGGAGGGCGAUGGAGCUGCCACACAGGGCGGUGAUGGAGCUGCCACACAGGGUGGCGAUGGAGCUACCACACAGGGUGGUGAUGGAGCUUCCACACAGGGCGGUGAUGGAGCUGCCACACAGGGCGGUGAUGGAGCUACCAUACAGGGUGGCAAGGGAGCUACCACACAGGAGGGUGAUGGAGAUGCCACACAGGACAGUGAUGGAGCUACCACACAGGACAGUGAUGGAGCUGCCACACAGGGCAGUGAUGGAGCUGCCACACAGGGCGGUGAUGGAGCUACCACACAGGGCGGUGAUGGAGCUACCACACAGGGUGGCGAUGGAGCUUCCACACAGGGUGGUGAUGGAGCUGCCACACAGGGUGGCAAGGGAGCUACCACACAGGGUGGCAAGGGAACUACCACACAGGACAGUGAUGGAGCUACCACACAGGACAGUGAUGGAGCUACCACACAGGGUGGCAAGGGAGCUGCCACACAGGACAGUGAUGGAGCUACCACACAGGGUGGCAAGGGAGCUACCACACAGGACAGUGAUGGAGCUACCACACAGGGUGGCGAUGGAGCUUCCACACAGGGUGGCAAGGGAGCUACCACACAGGGCAGUGAUGGAGCUGCCACACAGGACAGUGAUGGAGCUACCACACAGGACAGUGAUGGAGCUACCACACAGGGUGGCAAGGGAGCUACCACACAGGACAGUGAUGGAGCUGCCACACAGGGCAGUGAUGGAGCUACCACACAGGGUGGCGAUGGAGCUGCCACACAGGGUGGCGAUGGAGCUUCCACACAGGACAGUGAUGGAGCUACCACACAGGACAGUGAUGGAGCUACCACACAGGGUGGCAAGGGAGCUACCACACAGGACAGUGAUGGAGCUACCACACAGGGUGGCAAGGGAGCUACCACACAGGGUGGCAAGGGAGCUACCACACAGGGCAGUGAUGGAGCUACCACACAGGACAGUGAUGGAGCUACCACACAGGACAGUGAUGGAGCUACCACACAGGGUGGCGAUGGAGCUGCCGGACGUUCCGAUGGCCGACCGGAGAGCCGUCCGAUGGAGACCGAAGACGGAGGAGAUGGCGGUGGUGGCGGUGUU